GCCAGCAAAUGUGUUACUCUCAAAUCAAUAUCUGACACCGAGAAGCAUACGCAGGGAUAUAGUAAUAAUUCUGAAACCUCGGUGAUAAGGACUGCUGGCUCGAUUUGGGAGCCUGUUUUCCUGAUGGCAGCCUUUUCCAAAGGUCGGAGGUGUUGGUUUGAACCCUAGAGAUGAAAAUAAUAGCUUUUGAGAUGAAGAACCUCCCAUUAGCACCGAGAAAGAGAUUUUAACUUCGUCUUUGUCUAUUCAACCCGUUAUCAACCGCGUGCAUGGCGUCAUCAAUCCAAAGUUUUACUCCUGAUUCUUACUAUCCCAUCGUUAUUAUAGGCGCUGGACCUUCAGGCAUUGCCAUGGGCUGCCAAUUGAAAAUGAAGCUCCAUUUUGAGCAAUUCAAGAUAUUUGAUCGUCAAGGGGGUCUUGGAGGUAAACCUUAUUACCUGCCUAUCUCCUACAAGACCAAAGUCUGACGAAGAGUAACAAUUAGGUACUUGGUGGGCGAACAGAUAUCCAGGAGUUGUGAGUACCUCCGGUUACCAUUUAUGUUUACCAAACUGGAACUAAUAGGUUGUGAAGGCCUGUGAUGUGUAGGUUAACUAAUCAUAGAAAUCGAAACAUUUCCUGACUGAGUCGUCUUAGACCAACUCUGUUUUAUUCAUUUUCUUUCGCCCCAAACUAUACCUCAUCGACCGUCUUUCCAUCAGGUCACGACUAUCUGAUAUAUCUCAAUCAGGUCGUUGAACGCUUCGGAAUCGCAGAUAAUAUUAAUUUGAAUACGGAGGUCAGGAGGUUGAAAUGGAAAGAGCAAGAACAAGAAUGGGAGAUCGAAAUCUGUCAUCUUUCUCCAGAGACUAAGCUCCUGCAUCCCGCUGGGCUCGAGAUAAUUCGAGCAAAAGUGGUCGUUUGUGGCGCCGGUAUUCUUACCAGUCCCAAUGAUUGGCCGGAAAAUGUCUCUGGUAGAGAUACCUUCGAGGGCGAGGUUCUUCACUCUGCUGAAUGGUCUCAGAAGAUUAAUCUCGAAGGAAAAGAUGUGGUGCUUGUAGGCUCGGGCUGCACAGCUGCUCAGAUUGCCCCCGCAAUUCUACAAACCAAGCUGAAGUCCUUGACCCAUAUAAUACGUAGCCCACCGUGGUUUGUCCCUCGUAUUGAAGAACCAGGAGGGAGGGAGAGAUACGCAAAAUUUGCGCCUAAGGUCUAUGGUUCCGUUCCGUUCUUAGCGUUUUCCGUUCGAAUGAUGAUUUGCUGGAUGUCUGAGCUUCUAUGGUACACAACAUUCAUCCGGAAAAACCUGAAGCUACGCCAAAUGUCUGAGAAGACGUCCCUGGACCAUAUGAGAAAGCUGGCCCCAGAGAAAUAUCAUUCUAUGUUGACACCUCAGUAUAGUCUUGGCUGUAAGCGCCGAGUGUUCGAUAAUGAUUGGCUCCAGAGCAUGAGUGAUUCUCGUUAUACCCUUACAACACAGCCUUGGCUAAGUGUUGAAGGCAGCAAAGUGACUGUGGGAAUUUCUGAUGCAAAUUCCGACCUCAGUGCACUACCAUGCUCUUAUCCUGUUGACGUCCUUAUUUUAGCAACGGGGUUCAAGGCAUCACAGUUCCUACACCCUCUAUCCGUCGAGGGACGUCGAGGAGCCUCCCUUCAUCGCACUUGGCAGGAGCGUGGUGGUCCCCAAGCAUAUAUGGGGACAUGUAUCGAUCAGUUUCCGAACUUUUUCAUGAUUAUGGGCCCAAACACCUUUGUUGGUCACACUUCGGUCAUCAUGAGCAUUGAAAAUAAUAUCCAGUACAUCCUCAAGAUGAUCGCUCCCAUCAUCACGGGUAAUGUUACUAGCCUGGAGCCAAAACCAGAGGCGGUAGUCAAGUGGACGCAGGACAUCAGAAAAGACAUGCAGGAAACUGUUUAUGAGACCUGUCAAAGCUGGUACAAUGAUUCUGGCACUUGGAAUUCUGUCAUAUAUCCGUAAGCAUGCAUCGAUUUUCCUGAGUCUUCAUGUUUCAAAAACGAAAAUAAGCGAUCAUUCAAUCCGCUAAUUGCUGAUCUUUUUCAUAGCCGAUCUCAGCUUGACUUUUACCUUCGCUGCAAGUACCCCAAGUUCGGUGAUUGGAACCAAAACCUUUCUUUACAAGGCCAGCGUCGACGAACGGUCCAGGGAAUGUUGUAUAUAUCCGUGGUAAUUGUAA